CUUUGUGAUGGGAGGUGUUGUCAGAGAAGAAAACAAAUCUGGGGCAUACUCCCCGUAGAGCAGGACAUGAUUAGAAUUAAAGGAAAAUUGAUCAUUCUGGUAGUAGAAGUAAUGACAGCAGUAGUACUAUGUGAGAGUAGUAAGGAGGAUAGUGUGUGAGAGAGCCAGGAGAGGAGAGAGUACAAGAAUCUGACCAUGAGAGAGGGAAGAGAGGGGGGUAGGGUGGGGAUAAGGUUAGGUUCUUACAACUGAAGUGGAAUGGAGAGCUUUAAUGAGUCGUGGGGGGUGCCCAGAUCGCCGCCCUCCGUUGCUCCUCCCCUUCUCGCUUCCCAAGGUUUUGCAUGAAUGAAUGCUUUCAUGCGCUUCUCUCUCGGGGCCCCCUUUCCCCCUCUCGCACGUCUCCUCCUCACCCCGACCUCGCCCUCUCCCCUCUCCUGCCGUCUCCUUGGUAGCCCAUGACGCUACAGCAUCCCCCGCCUUUGCAGUCCUCUCUCUACUUUCAUGGCUGUGCUACAACAUGCUUCCAUGUGUUUACAUCAUGGUCAGAGACUUGUGCAUCCCAUCAGUCCCCUCUUUCCCUGCUUCAGGCUUAUUGCAUCAUCUUUGUCCCACUUGCUUAGUUGCUAGCUGUUCCAUCAUCCCCCAGUGACCAAUUGUACCCCAGCCAUGUUCGGACGUAGGUCUUGUCAUGUUACUGCUCAUGCCAGUGAUGGGCUGGUCCAUGAGUUGCAGCUGCAGCAACGAUUCGGUCACUCCUUUGAAUCCAUGCCCUACCAGGUUGCGUUAUUGAUGGGGCUCACCAGGAGGAGGAAAAGACGCAAUCACGUCUGUUCUGCAACAGUUGCUACAGAGCGGAAUAAGAAAAUUUUGACACCAGUGCCACUAAUCCGCAAAGAUCACUCAUGGGGGGGUAAGAAGUUGAGAAAGAAGCCGAACGCCCCAGCAUUUCUGGCAGCGACGCACCAGGCGGCCAUAGCUGGCAAGAGCCCUAUUUUCGCGGAAGCUUUUGCUGGGAGCUCACUCGAGAAGGAAGGAGCAAGAACCGAAAGCUGGAUAGCUGGUGAAGAGCAGCUAAAAUGUUACAGCAGAAGGAAAUUCAGACAACUGCGUGUGCCAGCAGAAGCGCCACCUUCAGAGGAAGUCUGCGAGGAGAAUGCAUGCCAGGAAAACGCUUGCCAAGAGAAUGUUCGCAUAGAGAACUUCAGCGCAGGGUUUUGCGAAGACUUCGGGCAGUUCGACUGCGAGGAGCAUCCCAAGUCACCACCUUUAUCGACGACGUCGAAAUUGACAGGGCUGCGUUCCAUCAGGAGGAGACGAGACAAGCCUCUUCGGUCAUUGCCACAGAUUUUGAAAGAGAUCAUCAGGGAAGACGGUCGGAAAAAAGACACACCUCCAGACCCACAAAUCAGGCGGCCUCAACGGCGAAGGAGGGAGAACCCCAGAUACUCCAAGGACUGUUUUCGAUCAACUGACACAGCUGAGUAUGAUUGGGAUAUUUUCUACCCCGAAUUGCCAUUCGAGCACGUAUUUCUGCACGGAAGUGGCAUGCAACUUGGGGAGGUGGAGACGAUCACUAAUUCCGAAGAUGGAAACUCGUCGGAUAUCUCAGCCCAUGUUGAGAAGCCUGUCCCACUGAAAUCUCAAUUCAGAGACUCUCGAAGAACUCGAAAGGCAAGGAAGAUUUUCGGUGACGGGCCGUUACUCGCCACUCCAAUACCGGAUGUGGUCCAUGUACUACAAUCAAGACCUGCCGUGCCAGUGCAACCCCCAGAGGUCGAUGAGGUGUUUAUAGCUCCACAGACUCCAGACCCACCGCAGGAGAGCAAUGGCGAAUGCGAAGUUGAUCGAAAUCUCUCUUUGCAGAACGAAAGUGCUCUCGACGAGGACAGCUGCUGGACCCCAUCUAAGUGUGAUGUGGCCAGGAAAGUGCAUACGCGGUUGCAGGUAUCACGAUCUCGGCAAGGGGACAAUGACAGAACGCAACUCCACUUGGUUGUGGAGCUUUCAGGAUCUCCAACUAUCAAAUCGGUCAAGGUAAAAAAGAAGCGCAUCCGACCUCGGGUGAAACAACCCAAGAAAGUGAAAAUUUCCAAGUCCCCCAAGAUUCCCAAGAUUUCGAAAGCGUCCAAACGAAAUAAUGCUUUCCCGAGAGGAACCUUGGAGCACAACGAUGCAACUGCAAAUCCUAAGGAAGCGAAGGCUUUACGUAAGCCGCCACGGACAAAUGAAAGAGUGUUUUCGAGCUCACCAGUAGAUUCUACUUUGAUUCCCGUUGUUGAAGUUCCAAACAUUGACAGGCUCGUAGAUGAAGCCCUUGUCAACUACUACGCUAGUAAUGAGGGCGAAAUUUGCACACAGUUGCCAAUGGUGGAGGCAUCAAGGGGAACGAGCAAUAGGCAUGAGUGCACAGUUGAUAUUGAAAAAAAUUGUGCGCAACCCGCCACUGCACAGGUGGGAGAGUCCAACCUCGGAUUGAAUAAUCAAUCGGCCUCUAAAAUCGCUACCGAGGAGAUCCCUGUAGGAUCAGAUGACCAGCAGACAUUGAAUCGCCCCGUGAUUCGAUGCAUUCCUAACUUCGGCGAUGUUCCCGUUCUAUCAGGCUCUUGGAUGGAAGAAGACCCUCCCUCCACACCACGCGCAAAUGCAUUGAUUGUCCACCCAGCCAAUGUCCUCAAUUCGCCUUCUUUUCCUCUAGAAGAGGAAAGUUGUGAGGAUAGUUUAGACAGUGAAGAUGAGCAAACAGGCCCAAGUUCGAAACGGCGAAAGGGGCCGAUCUUGACACGACGAACGCGGCGAUCGCUUCUGCCAGUGGUGGAAGCCGAAUUAAAUGAUCUUGCACCACUUCGCAUUGCAGCUCCCGUGACCCCACCCCAUUUUUCAAUCCUUGAAAUCUCGGAGACACAAAAGAAGCAGCAUGUGUGGGCCUUGUGCCAGAAUCAGCAAUACUCAGAAGAUCCCAUGGGUCUUGUCAAGAAGUUGACGACAGGAGCGCCGAAGCAUCUGCUAGAGGCUGAGACAUGCGAGUUGGUGAAGGAUGACGUGGAGAAGAUUUUUGUUCCAGAGGACACUCCUAUCCAAAAAGUCUACAGUCGACGAAGAACGGCCGUGCACUUUCCGCAACCACUAAACUCGAGAGAAUUUGCUGCAGAAGACGAGCUUCAACUUGUGGUGUAUGGGCAGAAGUCGAAUGAAAUGGUUUCAUAUCGGGGCAUGAGACCCAAAGUCAAGUGUAAGCCAAAAGUGUUCUUAGACGAGGUGACUAUCAAGACCUUCGAAAGAUUGCUGUUGCAAGGUGGUGAGGCGAGUGACGCCGACCGAACUGAUGAGAAUUGGGCGGAGCAAAGGCAAUUGUGGGGUGGUCGCGCUCACAGUUUUAAUGCUGUCAUGCGCGAUGUUCAAGGAGAUCGAACAUUCUCGAAAUGGGGGGGUUCGGUACUGGACUCUGUCGUUGGGGUAUUCCUGACGCAGAAUGUCUCAGAUUUUCUCUCCAGCAAUGCUUUCAUGGAGUUAUGUGCCCGCUUUCCAGUUCGUAGAGAUGCUACUACUGGGUCAUGCGUGGCUUCGAAGGAGCAGUCCCUACUAUCUAAGGAGAUGUCAAGGGAAUGUCCAGUAGAGACACCAGACCCUUAUUUGACCCGAGCACUUCACCCGAGAGCUGAAGGGUCGGCUGCAGGUAUUGAUGAGCUUCAACAAAAGACAGCAGGAGCGCAGGAUGACAGUGGACAAGUUAUCACCGAGGUAUGCGUGGCGGAGACACCAGACACACUCUUGAAAAAGCCACAGGAGGCAAAAGAUAUUCUUGUAGAUCUGCCCACAAGGGAUGAUGGGCACAGAGAUCUGGAUAUCUCGGACCCUUACAGCCUUUCUGAUGGCCACGGUGGUAUCGAAGCGCUUAGCAGAAGCAUUGCUAUUGAUAAUUUAGCGGUCGCACUAGAAACAGUACAUAUACAAUCUUCUGCAGUCCCUAAAGACUGCUGUUCCUUCAUGAAAAUGACCACUACCAACGUACGUGCUCCUGAUGAGCACGUAACAGAUGAUGCCGACUACGCGUCUCGACCACAAGCCACAAAGAUCGUUUCAGAAAUGCCCGGAGAUAACAGGGUGCAAGAAAGCAUUGGCACUGAGGCUGGGACCCAAGGGCCUACUCAAGACGUUGGUGAGAAGCGCCACUCAAGUGAACAAGGAUGUCUUGUUGGAAAUGACGAAAAGUCCGACACUAGGAAACCUUUUUCGAGGGGUUACUCGGUGCUGCAGGAUAAAUUCAAACUCUCUUUGGAGGAGGAUCUGACACCAGAUAGGUCGGAGAAACUUCUUGCAACCGCACUUAGACAUAUCUUGGGCAAGUCGAUUACAGCACGAGAAGCUGCGGUUGUCAAAGAGCCAUUGAAGAUAGAGAAGCGCAGAAAGCUCAAGAGUAGCAAAAACGCUAGGCAUGUAUCAAAAAUAUCAGUCAAGGAGCUUACAGGGGGACAGCGCGCAACUUAUGAACACGGCUUCAAUUACAAAUUGAAUGCAGAGAUGAAGACAACAUGGGAAGCUCUUCGAGCGAAGGUUUUGUCAGAUAAUUUUGAAAAGGAUUAUUCCAUUUCAGACUCUGUGGAUUGGGAGGCAGUGCGACUUGCCGAUGUGGCGGUAGUAGCGGAUCUUAUCAAGGAGCGAGGAAUGAACAACAUCCUGAGCGGAAGGAUCAAGUCACUACUAGAUAGGAUUUAUCGUGAUCAGGAUGGGAGUCUUGACCUUGAAUGGAUUCGAAAACUCUCUCCCAUCGAUUCUCAAAACUUCCUGAUAAAUGUGCGUGGCUUGGGGAUUAAAAGCGUUGAAUGCAUACGGUUACUCACGCUGCAUCACCCCUCAUUUCCUGUGGACACGAAUGUGGGCCGUAUCCUAGUCCGCCUGGGUUGGGUGCCAUUGGAGCCACUUCCCGAGAAAAUUCGGCUGCAUCUUCUUGAAAUGUACCCUGUACAAGAACAGAUUCAGAAAUAUAUAUGGCCCCGACUUUGUACACUUGACCAGCAGACAUUGUACGAAUUCCAUUAUCAAUUAAUUACCUUCGGAAAGGUAUUUUGUACCAAGAGCAAGCCUAAUUGCAGCGCAUGUCCCAUGCGAGGUCAAUGUAAACAUUUCGAAAGCGCAGUCAGUAGUUCAAGGCCACUUCUUCAAGGAUCAGAAAGAGCAUCCAAUCACUCAAUGCAGCAGAUUGUGCCUUUAAUACCAAGACAUUCGAUGCAACAUGUGGAAGAAACACCUAGUCUGCUAACUAGUGGAGAGGCUGAUGGACCAUAUAGAGGAGCAUGCAUCCCUAUUAUAGAAGAGCCUUGCUCACCUGAACCGGAUUGUGUGCAGGAUAUUGAAGAUGUGGGCAUCAUUGCAAAUUAUAACAAUAAUUUUGCUCUUCAAGAAUCAAACCGUAAUGCGAAACUGUCUACUUCUGAUAACGUUGCGGUUUCUGGAAUUUGCGGAGAUGGGAUGUACAUGCAUUUGAGUUCGAACGACACACUUACUCAAAAUAUUUGUUUAGGAGAAGAAAAGGAAGCAGGAGAAGAUGGUGAUGACAGUGAAGAAAUAUGUUGCAAGCGAGUUGCCUUGAAGGCCGCACUUCAUGAAGCGGAGGUCACUAUUACGGAAGAAUGUGUUCCACAAUUAGUGAGCCAAGAGUUGGCUUAUCCCCCUUCGCAGGAGCUUAUCUUGUUGCCCCCUUAUGCUGCAUCCUUCCCUGCUCCUCUCCUCAAGAGUGUUCAACGAUUGCGCACAAUCCACUAUGUGUAUGUUCCACUUCACGGGCAGUUUCUUUCGGAUUUUGAAAUCGAACAGAAUGUUCAGAUGGACAAAAGAGACUCGGACGAUCCGUGCUUGUACCUACUUGCCAUUUGGAAUGCAGAUGAGGUGCCAGCGGCUAUGCCCAAAAUUAGCGAUGAUGAUGCAAGCAACCCAUUUGCUAGUUGCAACUCAGGGCAAGAAGUCCCGGGAACAAUUCUUGUGCCAUGCAGAACUGCCAACAAAGGCUCUUUUCCUUUGAAUGGAACAUAUUUUCAAGUUAAUGAGGUGUUUGCAGAUCAUGCGAGUAGUCAUGACCCACUGCGAGUUUCCCGAACUUUAAUGUGGAACUUGAAGCGCAAAUUUGUUUACUUCGGCACCUCUGUGACCAGCAUAUUCAGAGACAUGUCUCAAGGAGAAAUCCAAUGCUGCUUCAAGAAAGGAUACGUAUGCGUGAGAGCAUUUGAUCAAGCCACAAGGAAACCGAAGCCUCUCGCACCCAGGCUGCACCAAUCAGCAGCUAAAAUUGUGGCAGCCCGUGCUGGAGCUCAGAGAUCAGGAAGACGGGCAAGCACAUCAAGACACAUCAAGAUUCACGAGUGAUGGCCUCCACAAUCUAUGUGGAAAGCAAUACGAUCUCUCGUUGGUUUCACUAGCAAUGCUGCCUCCAUUGCGAGCCAGAUUCAUGAGUUCUGAAAUACUUCUCUCGUAGGUGGCUUAGCAUGCAGUGUGGAGUAUGUCGCCAACGUAAUAACUCGCUCUCCAAACACACUGUUUGAGUGAAAGAAUUGCACACUUCUUGUACAGUUUGGUAACUAUUGGACACUGUAAGUGUUAUUCGUCGUAGGUCUAAAUUUUCUAUUUCUCAAAUCAGUGUCUGUGUUCAUUGCAGCACAUCACACCCAGGUUUAGGAAAACACUGCGUGCCUUGUGUUUUCAUUCGAUUUCAAAGUCAACAGAUCAACUGAUGCCAUUGACGUGUGAAAUCACACCCUUCACAUCAACGCUUGAAACGUGUUUAGGGUAACACAAGAAAACGUAUUUUGCGAAAAUAGAUGCCAUAUGACACCGAUUUCAAAGUCAACAGUUGUAUAUUUCUCAAAAUUCUUAAAAAUGGCGUUCAAGACCUUCAACAUCCAA